AUGAUACCCAUACCAAUUCUAGUCUACGCCCUCGCGGGCUCGACGCCCGUAUCGGCGCAAUCCUGCAAGUCCUUCCCCCUUCCCUUUCGACAAAAAAGACUAACACAUUCUCCAGGCUCUUCCAUAACAAUAGACUCCCAAUCCUCCGCCACCUCCGCCCUCUCCUCCUGCAAAAGCAUCUCCGGCUCCGUUACAAUCUCCCCCUCCGCCUCAGGCACCCUGAACCUCGAAAACCUCGAGCGCAUAAGCGAGAACCUAAUCAUCGAGUCCACAACCCUAGUCGGCGUCUCCAUCCCAGACCUCGAAGACGUCGGCGGCUCCGUAACCGUCACAGACAACGAGCAGCUCACCCGCCUCAGCCUCGGCAGUCUAUCCAGCAUAGGCGCGGACCUCAAUGUCCAGGGGAACAAUGCGCUUGUUGACCUGGCGCUCGAUGAUCUGGAGACUGUUAGGGGCGGCGUGCAUCUAUCUGGUGGGUUCAACACGCUGAGCUUUGAGAUGCUGGAGACUGUGGGUGCGGAGUCGGAUGUUGUGGCUACGGGGUCUGCGGGCUGUGCGGGCGUUGAGGCGCUGGAUCGGGAGGGCGAGGAGGAGAGUGAGGGGAGGGUUUUCCAGGGUGGUGUGACGUGUGCUACUACCACUACUACUACCACUACGACUAGUACGUCCACUUCGACUUCGAGCUCGAGCUCGACGUCCAGCGCAACGACUACCCCGACGGCUUCGGAUGAGUCCGCGCCCUCGAAUUCGGACUCAGAUGACUCGGGCCUCGGCGGUGGCGCGAUAGCGGGGAUAGUCGUUGGCGUCGUGGUCGGCGUGCUUAUCAUCCUCGUCCUGAUUUGGCUGUUUCUGCGUGAGAGGAGGAAGAACCGCGCCAAUGCUAACGCCGCCGCUGCUGUCGGUGGUGCUGCUGGCGCUGCUGCUGCAGUCGGGAGUGCCAAGGGCAUAAAUGGUGAUGCGGAAAAGCAGCCGAGCCAGAGCACGAGCACGAGUCCAACAGACGGUCCUGGAUCCGGGUUAGCAGCGGCGGGAAUCGUAGCUGCUGUAGCAGGAGGAGGGGGAGGAUCCAUACCGCGCCGCCCGGUCUCAACAUCAACAGCGUUCACAUUGCCGUCUUCGUCUUCGCCAACGUCCACUGAUCCAGCUUCAUCCACACUGCCUUCAUCGCUCACAGCCGGCGCCACGAAUCCGGCCUCGAUGCCUGUCCCGACGGCACUGAUACCGGGGACGAAUGGGCCGACUUCGACGCCGGAUGGUCGUCGGGAUAAUGGCGAAGGAGACGCGCUAUUCUUCACCGCGGCGCCUAAUGCGUCUCGGCCGCCUCCGCGUCCUCAGCGCCGGCCAUCGGAGUCUGAUGUGCCGAUGCUUGAUAGUGAAAAUGUACAUGAGGUUUCUGGGGUUGCGGUGCCGAGGGCACCGGAACGGACGGAGAGGGUUGUUGGCGAGGGGACGGUGUUUGAGCUUGAUGGGGGAUUUGAGGGGGCGAGGCAUCAGAGGGUUAUUCAUGGGGAGGCUGGGGAUGAUUCCCACGCUUGA